UUCUCCUACAAGCUAUCCAUCCAUUAUAACAUUUCUUUCUUCACUCCUCACAACUUCAUUGGUAUUUGAUCAUGUCUAGUGCUACCAAAAACAUGAAGUUGAAAAUGAAAGCUGAGCCACAAUCUCCUCCUCCUACCAUUACCAACAUUGGAGCUGAUGAAGCCCAAGUUGAAGAUCAACCGUUGAUUGGUGUGUUAGCAAACAUACCCCUUCAAUGGAACAGCAACACUGGUUGUUUUGUAGGACCAAGUGGUUUUGUUCUCAAGCAACAACUAUCUAAGAGAGGGUUCAGACCCUUGAAAGUUGAAGUCCUUUGUUGUGGCCAAAGAGGUCAUUCUGGUUUUGCUCUUGUUUACUUUGAUUUGUUGGAACAAGCCACCAUGUUUGGGAAGAGCUUCCAAAAGGGUGGUUGUGGCAAAUGGGAGUGGAACAACGUUCUUGUUUGUCCCUCCAACAAGUUUCUCUAUGGUUGGAUUGCUAGCAAUGACGACUACAGAUUUGAAGGGAUUGUUGGUCAGCAUCUUAGGAAGACAAGAGGUUUGAACUUGAAGGGUGUUUUUGAUGACAUGAAAGAAGAAGAACAAGAUGAGAAAACGGUGCUGCAUUACAAUAAUGAGUUGCAUUCAUCAAAGGGUGGUGGAUUUUCCUUCCUUAUUGAUAAUCUCUUGAAGCAAAAGGAUGAGGUGGUUCAACGUUACCAUCAAGAUAUGGGGGAGGCUCAUCAGAGUGCACAGAAGUAUCUAGAAAACAUCAUAUCUCAGCGUGAGGAUGUUAGGGUGCUGCUGAAGCAGGAGAUUGAGAUGAGAAGCACUGCACUGGUUGUAGGGCAAGUCCUAAAUGAAACUGAGUUGGGAAAAAUCCACAAAGAGAAACUAAUGAUUGAGAAUGCUAGUUUGGAACAAAGAAAAGCUGAUCACAAUUUAGUCUUAUUGUUGGAGAAACACAAGAAACAGAAGGAAGAACUUCACAGAGGGAUUAUUGAUUUUGAAACGGGUGUUGAAGAGAAGCACAUGCUGGAGUUGGAAAUGGAGCAAAUGAAAGGGGCUCUGAAAGUAAUGAGGCAUAUGGGAGAUGCUGGUGAUGAAGAAAUGCGUGCAAGGAUUGACACCAUUCAAGAAAGGCUCAAGGAGAAAGAACAAUACAAAUACAACAGGUUUGAAGCAAUGAAUCAAACACUUGGUGUGCAUGAGGACUUACAAAGGUUUUUGAAGGAAUGUUCAAAAAGCAUUUCCGCAUGUAUCAAAAGUGAUGCAGACCUUGAUUACAAACCGUUUCUUCAUGUGGCCAAGAGAAUUUGUUUUGACGACAAAGAAGUGGGUUUGUCCUCAGAGGGGAACUACUACCUUGAGGAUCCUAGCUGGAAUCCAUUUUCCAAUAUUGAAGGAAUCGACACGGAGGAGACGGAUAUAAAUGAUUAGAGAUUCAAGUGUUUUAGGAAGGAUGAUGUUGAUGAUGAAGCUUACAAUGUUGGAGGGAAGAAUGUUACCUUUAAGUAGGGUUCAGUGUGGUACGUGGUAAGCGGUAACUUAAUGUUGUUAAUAUCUUUUUGAGAAAUUUUCUGUUAUCUAUUUUCUGUUUGUCUUAGACUUAGUUCCAUUUUGGAAAACAAUUAUAGGUGAUAAUAAUUUCAUUAUUUCCUCCUUUUCUUCUCUUUUUUGUUUUGUUUUAGGUGCAACUAUGAUUUGUCUAUAGAAAAUAAUGUACUAAAAGUUAAUUAAUA